AAAAUCAUGUUAAAAAAAAUCAGAACAUCAGUUUUUAAAUAUAGAGGAAAAAAUAUAAAUAUGAUAAUGUACUGCAAACUGAUAAGAGAGAGAGUGUGUGUGUGAGAGAGAAGAUGUUGACUUGGCUUUGUCACGAAGGCAAAAGGGUCAAGAGCGAACACUAACUCACCACCAAAGAAACCUCAUCUUCAUCAUGUCGGAGAGUCGCCGCCCAGAUUCCAAUAAUGCACAAGCUCGCCAAGAUAUGGAGGACGAGACGUUGUGUAAAGAGAUACUCAACGUUCUGAGAGAAGAUGGGUCUCAAAGAGUUUUGCUGGCUGGUAGAGCUGGAAUCGGGAAGACGAGGCUAGCAAAGAAGGUAGGCGAGUACGCAAGCAUCUACAGAGACGAGGCUAACAAUGGGUAUUGCUUUCUGACCCUCUGCUUGCAUCUCAACAACAAGUUCGAGGAGGAGGAUGAGUUGUCGCUUUAUGAGAACAUAGCUUCCCAACUAUCUGUUCACUCUGAUUUCGAAGAGACUGAAGUGGAUGAUAGAGAUGAGGAUGAGGAGGAAGAGAAGAAGCCUAAAGAGUUGUUGGAUGAACUGAAGAAGAAUAUCAUCAAAGAAAUAGCAAAGAGGGAGAUGGUGGCAGCAGAUAUAGAGGCUAAGGUGGCUGCGGCUAAACCCAAGAAGGAGGCCCCGGAAAAUGCAAAGAAAAAAGACGAGUCGGCUGAGAAGGAAGCAAAGGAGCUUGCUGAGAAAAAAGCAAAGAAGGAGAGAUAUCUUCUGUUGAUUCUUGAUGAUGAAGGAAGCAUGACCAAAGAAGAUGUGGUGAUGAAGGAUUUGAAGCUUGAGAGGUUUCUUAUAGAUGAGAUUCUUAAAGAUCACACACGUCUUAAAAUUCUCAUUACAAGACGAAAAGAAGAUGAGGAGCCUACUGAUGUGGCAACAACAGACACAAAGGGUAGUGGGUCACAAUCCGGGGAAGAUGAAGUAAAAAGUGAUGAUGAUAGUGUGUCAGAAGACAAAAUAACUGAUGCUGUAACAGACACAAAAGGUAGUAAUGGGUCACAAUCCGGGGAAGAUGAAGUGAAAAAUGACGAUGAUGCAACAGACACAAAGAGUAAUGGCUCACAGUCCGGGGAAGAUGAAGACACAAAUGACGAUGAUAGUUCGUCAGAGGACAUAAAAGCUGAUGUUGCAACAGACACAAAGGGUAGUAGUGGGUCACGAUCCGUGGAAGAGGAAGUAAAAAAAGACGAUGGUAGUGCGUCAGUAGACAAAAUAACUGAAGAGGGAAGUGAACCCCCAGCCACGGACAAAGCACAGGUUCAGGAGGUUGAUGUGAAAGAUGUCCCAACUACUGACUUGCAGGAAACUACAAAGCCAACCGAGAUGACAAAGGCUUUGCUUGACUCAAUCGAAAAGUCUAUGGAUGAUUUAUUUGUGUCUACUGGCACAGCAGAGUGGAUAAAGAUAUCUGACAUGGUGGAACAAAGCAAGAAAUCGCCAGCUGCAGUUGCCGUGCUAGCCAAUUCCCUCGAGCAGAUUACUAAGAGCAGCACCAAUCCAGGAAAAGAAGAGAUUGAAAAACUGAUAAAGAAAGUUCUUUCAGCUGCUGACAGUGACAGGUCUGACAAUCCACUUCUGUGUCUUUCAUAUGAGCUACUGGAAAUUGGGUUCCCGUUGAAAGAUGCUAUCCAAGACUGUUUUUGGCAUAGCUUGGACUUCUUUGAGCACUGUGGCUGCGUUUACUACCGUGACCUGAUCACACAAUGGAUACUCGAAGGCUACUUUGAUCCCGUUAGGUCGGUUGAAAAGGCGUACCAGGAUGGUCACUUAAUCUUGAUGGAGCUUAUAAACCGCGGGAUGCUCAAGAUACAAGAAAACAAUGUGGUGGUACCAGAGAGGGCCAUGAGCACUUUGAUUGAUCCUCGACGACGCGGGCUUCUUGGUAGAUCACGGCUUAGAUUCUCUAGAGUCUAUUGCGGUGACAAGAAGAAAGGUAUAGGGAAAAUCACACAGAUAGAUGAUAUGAUCAAGACAGUGCAAGCGAAGAAAGGAGACAAGGCUACCACCGUUCUGGUUAGUGGAGACCGUCUGCGUCGUGAGACUCCUGAAAAGUAUUUUAAGAAGCUGAGUGAUCUUGAAGUACUUGGCCUGUUCGAGCCCACGCUGGACCCUUUUGUCUCGGCCUUUUCGAGUCUUGUCAAACUCAGGGUUCUUGUAAUCAGGGACUGUGAUUUACUGACGGAUAUUGAAGAGCUUAAGGCUCUUAAAGAGCUUAAUGCUCUUGAAGUCUCUGGUGCUAGCUCCUUGAAUAAAAUCUCUGAUGAGUUCUUUAAAGAACUGUCUAAACUUCAAAGUCUACAUCUCUCUGGGCUUCAGAUCACUACUUCUCCUUCCAGCAUCUCUGAGCUGAAAGAGCUUCACUGUCUCAUCAUCAAGGACUGCCCUCUCCUGGAGGAUUUGCCAGAUAUACAAGAACUCGUUAAGCUUGAGGUUGUUGAUGUUUCCGGUGCUCGCGGGCUUCAGACUUGCUUCGACAACACGAAAGGAGAAAAGAAAAACAAAAGCAAGAACAAGAACUUCUACCAUCUGACAAGACUCCAGCUCCUUGACUUCUCCGAGAGCCAAAUAGAGCGGCUACCGAUAUUUCAAGACUCUGCCGUGGGCGACAAGCUUCACUCCGUUAAGCGGCUCUUGUUGCGUGACUGUAGCAAGCUGAGAAGGUUACCUAGUUUGAAGCCCUUGUCAGGUCUGCAGAUUCUCGAUCUUUCGGGUACUACAAAGUUAGUGGAGAUGCUUGAAGUGUGCUUUGAAGAUAAGAAAGAACUCAAAACUCUUGAUCUCUCGGGAACCAAUCUUAACGAGUUGGCGACGACCAUCGAGGAGCUGUCUAAUCUCAGCAAACUGCUUCUAAAGGAUUGCACCAACCUAGAAGUUCUCCCAAACAUAAAAAAACUCACAAAGCUCGAUGUCAUUGAUGUUUCAGGAUGUAGUAAGUUGCAUACGAUCGAAGGAUCAUUUGAGGAUAUGUCUUACCUGUGUGAAGUGAAUCUCUCUGGAACAAAAGUGAAGACACCAGAGUUGCCAAAAGAGACAAAAAUCACUUGUCUAAAGCAUAUUAUUCUGGCAGAUGGAAGGCGUUUCGAAGGUGAGGAAUGGAGCAAGAUAAGGGAUGAGAUUGAAAGUAAGAGAUCUGACGAGGCAACGUCUUCAAGUGAAGAGAUAAGAGAGGAGGUUCAACAGAAUAAAGUUCCGGCCAGUGAUAGUACUGAGAAAAGAGAUGUCAUCAAGGAACGUCUUCGAAACGUCCCCAUUGAGAGGGAGAUGUAUAAGGAGAUACUCUCACGUUUUGAUUCCGCAAGUCAGCAGGAAGUGAUGAAGAUCCAUGAAUCUAAAGACCUACAAGGUGAAGCUAAGUUUGUGUCCUUUGUGGACAUUGACUCAACAAAGCUCAAAUCAUUCUUUAACGAGACCAAAUCGGUGAAGUUUUGCUCGCUACGGAUGUGCAUGGAUAUAAAAGACCUUUUCGUUGAAGUGGACGAGGAGAGUUUGGGAACACUGGAGACUUUGUCGAUUUCAAACUUUCCAUUGUUAGAGACUAUCUGCUGGGGUGGUAACAACUUCAAGAAUCUGAAGAAGCUAAGCAUAGAUUGCUGUCCGAAAAUAAAAACGCUUUUCCCGGAGGCAUCACAGAUGCCUAGCAGCCUAGCGGAGCUAAACAUAAACUAUUGUGAGAAGCUUGAGAAAGUUGUUGAAGGAGUCGAACUGUCAAGUAGCCUGAAAUUGCAAGUCAAGAAUUGCCCAAAGUUGCAAGAAACUGACUGGGUUAUGGUAGAGCCCCCUGAAAUAUCACCACAAGAGUGAAAAAAGAUCACCAAAGUAGAUGGAGCAACUUCACUCUGCACUAAGAAUUUGGAUCGUUGUUGCCUGUAAUUAUUUACGUAUUCUUCUGUGUGUGUCUGAACUGCUGCGCUUGUUGAAUAAGGACCGGCUUUGAAACAUCAAUCUUACCAGCCUUCUUUCUGUUUAUUUUGUAUGAUAUUUUCCGGUGUUCUAAAAAUCGUUCUAGACGGUCGCUUAGGCUAUUUUA